AUGGAGAAGACCAAUCAAUCGUCUGCGACGGAGUUUGUUCUGGGGCUGUCUGGUCACCCAGAGCUGGAGGCCAUCUACUUUGCGCUGGUUCUGUGCAUGUACCUCGUGAUCCUGCUGGGAAACGGGGUCAUCAUCAUUGUAAGUGUCUACGACUCCCACCUGCACACCCCCAUGUACUUUUUCCUCAGUAAUUUAUCAUUCUUAGACAUUUGCUACACCAGUUCAUCUAUCCCCCUGUUUCUCAGCAGCUUCUUAACAUCAAAGAAAACCAUUUCCUUCUCUGGGUGUGGAGUGCAAAUGUUUCUGUGCUUGGCAAUGGGGGCGACGGAGUGUGUGCUGCUCUGCAUGAUGGCGUUCGACCGCUAUGUGGCCAUCUGCAACCUUCUGAGAUACCCCAUCGUCAUGAGCAGGGUUUCCUAUGUGCCCAUGGCUGCUGGGUCCUGGAUUGCUGGGGCUGUCAACUCUGCAGUGCAGACCUCCCUUGCAAUGCGACUUCCUUUUUGUGGGGAUAAUGUCAUUAAUCAUUUCACUUGUGAAGUCCUGGCAGUCUUAAAACUGGCCCGUGUUGAUAUCUUUGUCAAUAUUUUUAAGGUGAAAACUUAG